GAAAUGGUCAAAAAUCACUCCAAACAUGGGUGCCACAAAUAAAGCGCAAAGGCCCACUACUACUCCUUUUUCUUCCCAAGAGUAUUAGUACAAUGUUAUGGAGUAUUUAGCAAGUGCCUUUUCUAUCCAUAUAUUCACCUUUAUCUUCUCAAUCUUCAACAUUACUGAUUCGCAGUUGCAACAACCCAAAUAUAAAUAAAAAAAAUACACACACAUCCACUUUGCAUCUGGAGAUGGAUCAUCAAAACCCUAGUUGUUCGAGAGCAGACAGAAAAACCAUAGAGAAAAACCGGAGAAAUGAGAUGAAGGCCCUCUACACCAACCUCAACUCUCUAAUUCCUCCUCAAUCCCAUUCCCGACCUAGGGAAAUGGUUUCGUUGCCGGAUCAGCUGGAAGCAGCGACGAACUACAUAAAGAUGCAGCAGGCUAAGUUGGAGAAGCUGAAACAGAAGAAAAACUGCCUUGUUUGGAGCAAAGGAGGGCCUAAUAAUUUACCAAACAUCGAUUUUCGUGUAUCGGGUUCAGCCCUAGAAGUGGUGCUCAUAACUGGACUUAAUUGCCAAUUCAUGUUCACUCGAAUCAUACAUUUGCUGCAUGAAGAAGCCGCUGAAGUUGUCGCCGCUACUUUCUCUGUACUCGACAACACCGUUUUCCACACUAUUCAUGCCAAGAUUGGAGAUCAGUCUGCACAGAAUCAUGGAGCUGCGGGGAUUUCCGAGAGAUUGAAGAAAUUUGCGUACGACUGUAUUUAGGCAUUUUUGGUUUUGAAUUUGAAUAAGCUGAUGAUGAAAUUUUGUGUGAUUUUGACAAGAAUUUGGUGUAAGGCAGUACUGGUCUCUUCUUCAAGAGCUUGCGCAUAUGAAUUUAUUAGUUCUACUGUUUUUGAAAAACAGUGUGAUGUGUUAUAUAUGUGGAGUAGAAUUUUUCCAACAUUUUGCAACAAAAUGGAAGGAUUAAUGUGUCAA